AUGUCAGACUCAGAUUACAACGUGGAGAAGAAUUGCUCAGUGGAGGAAUUGGAUGAGGAAAGUGUGAUUUUAACACUGGUCCCAGUUAUAGAGGAGCCUAUCACAGGACAUCUAAUGGAAUCAAAUGUUUUUUCAAUGGGAGAUGUCAAAUUUGAGAAUCCUGGGGAAAACAGCAAAGUUCACCAUCCUAAAAGCAAGGCCUCUCAAAGACGCAGAUGUAAGGAGCCAGCCCUUCCUGUGCCAGACAUCCUACCUCCUAUUAAUAAUGUGUCCAGGAACACUCUGCGGGACUGGUGUCAACAAUUUCAGUUGAGUACGGAUGGUGAGAAAAUACAGGUUUAUUUGAGACUCCAGAGACAUGCAUAUCCUGAUCAAAAAUAUGAUAUUCCUAGCACAUCAUGGGAGGCCAGAUUGAAGGCAGAUUCCUGGAAAUCCAAGGAACCCAGGCAUCAAGAAAGUUCUAACAGGAAAGAUAAAACAACUAAUAUGGCUGAAGUGGUAACUUCAGCCCAGGAGUCCAUUUUAGCAGCUUGGGGAAGAAUUGCCAAAAGAGCUACCCAGCCCCUGGCUGUGAAUAGCUGUCCUCUUCCCACUGAUGAGGAGGCUUUUUUGCCUCAAACCUUCGGGGCCAGAUGGUGUGUAGUCCAUGGCAGACUGCUCCCUGCAGAUAUGCAGCGAGGCUGGGUUCGCCUGAAGUUUCAUGCUGGUCAGACCUGGGUCCCGGACACUCCCACGAGGAUGAUUUCUCUCUUCUUGUUGCCAUCCUGUGUUUUUCCAUCCUUAGGAAUAGAAGACAAUAUGCUGUGCCCUGAAUGUGUUCAAAAUAAUAAGAAGAUCAUGAAAAAAUUAACUACCACAACGGAGAGAGACAGUGAAGAAGACCAAAAUAUGCUUCCUCCAAAUAUGCCACCUUAG